AUGGAUUCAGAAUCAAACAAGAGAAGCAGAGAUGAGUAUGAGGAACAGUCGGGGUACCACAAUGAUGCUCACUUCCCGUCACCCCAGCAAAACUUUGACUAUGAAUCCAAAAGACAACGUAUUGACCCAGCUCAAGAGUUGAUCAACAAUGUAUGCAAAGAUAUUAGAAGAUUGGGUGAAAAUUCAAACGUUGCAACCCAGGUCGACGACGUCAAUUACAUAUCCAAUCCUAUAGUUGCAGAAUUUGAAAAGAUUGACAGUCUUAGGAAUGCAAUAUUGUCUACUAUCUAUGCACUUAUCAUUGAACAACCACACAAGAUCAAUGCACUUAGCAAUUUGGUGUUCAUUUGUAAUGCCAAAAACUUUGUCAUUGCUAAAUACGUGGUGGAAUAUUUGCAUACAAAAAUACAGUUGUUAUUAGAUUCAAUCGGUGGAGAGGUUCAAGAAGAUGCGUUAAGAGAAAAUGCAGGUGUGUAUAACAACAUAAAGAGCAUUUUGAAAUUCUUUGGAGCUAUUUCACCCAUCGUUGAGGACUACUCAGUGGUCAAUGUAUUUAAGCAAAUUUUACAGUUUGCCAUUGACUUGCAAAAUGGCUCAGAAGAGAGAAACGGUAUCGCUCAAGAAAUAUACUACAAUGUGUUGAUUGCGACACCGUAUUUAUUGAACAAUGACAAGGGUGAAGAGUUGCAUGGGUAUUUGAAUGACAUCAUUGAGCUCGCCGAUAAGUUUCCUAUUAUAGAACCCGAGUCUAAUACGUUGAUUCAACCGUUUGAUAGCAAAAUGGAAAAUUUUGAAAUUCCUUACCAGCCAAAGAAAAUGGUGAGUUUGAUCUUACCCUCAUUGAAACAGUUACAAGCAGAUGAUUGGCAACUCAAGCUUUUCCUUGAUUUUGAACCAUUUUUGGAACCUAUUUUAAAGACAAUUUUGGAGGAAAACCCAAUUGCAAAAGAAACUGUAAAACACAAGUUGCCACAAUUAUCGUUGCCUUCAGUGGAAAAGAUGAACAACUAUAAACCACGUAAUGAGGAUAGUAUUGAUCGUAUAUGGCAGCAAAAUUCACGUAUUUUGCUUCAAGUUUAUAAUCAAACUACCGAAUUUGAAACUGUACCCGUUAUUGAUUCUUAUAUCGGCUUAUUUUUCAAGGAUUUAUCGUUUGACAUAUUGACCAACUUGUCAUUUAAUAAAACCGAGGCUUCAAUUCAAUUGUCCAUUUUGGAUUUGUUUUUCAAUAAGGAAUUAUUUGCUCCUAUGGGUACAUCGAUUGACGAAUUGAUUGAAAUCAAUGCCAAAAAUCGUACUGGCGAAAACAAUCCCCCCUUAUCAACAUGGAAAAUCGAAGAUAUCGCCGUCGAAAGUAUAUUGACAAUGAUUUUCCAACUUCCAUAUACAUUGCAUCGAGAAAUUUACUAUUACACUGUUUUAAUAUCCUGUUGUAGGGAAAGUCCCGAAUCGAUGGCUCCUGUAUUUGGUAGAGCCAUUCGUUAUUUCUAUAACAAUUUGCAAACUUUAGAUUUUGAAUUGAAGAUUAGGUUUUUGGAUUGGAUGACUACUCAGAUCUCCAAUUUCGAGUUCAGUUGGAAGUGGGAUGAGUGGAUACAGGAUUCACAACAGUUUGCCAGAUUGAAAUACCACCCUAAAAAGAAUUUUAUCAAGAAUUUGAUUGCUAAAGAGAUAAGGUUAUCAAAUAAGAAGCGAAUCAAAGAAAGUUUCGUUGAUAUAGUCGAUGAUGAAGUGGUUCCCUUCGAAGAAUUUUAUCAAUAUUUGGAUGUAGCUGUUGUUGGCAAUGCUAGAGACUACAUUAUCAACUAUGACUCUGCAUUGUAUGGCGAUUCAGAGGAGAUUAGAGCAAAGAUAACCGAAAUAUAUGAUGCUAAACAAGCAACAUUGGCAGCUAAAAGUAAUGUCAGUUCUCAGGAUGAGAUAUUUUACAACUUUACCAAUCCUGAAUUGCCAUUAAGCAAAGUGGCAUCUCAAGUAUACGAGUUUAUUGUGUCUCAUCAUAAAAGCAACAAGGAAAUGAGUGAAUUGUACAAUUCAGUGCUAGAGCAAAUCCAAGACAGUGGUCAAUCGGAUGAUAUGAUACAAGUUGAUAUUCCUAGCCCAGUCAAGUUUGCCAUCAAUUUAAUUUUCCAAACCUAUGCCUAUAUUGGCUCACGAUCAAUCUAUUCGGAAGUGAGUAUCUUGAGUCGAGAUGUCGAGAAGUUGAAAUUCCUCAGUGGUCAACCUUUAGAAAUCAAGCUGCAAGACCCUGACGACGAAUUUGAAAAAUUGGCAUUAUCCGAUGAAGAUGUGACAAAUAGACAAAACUGGAUAAUUGAUGCCAUUUUCAGGAUAUGGGUCCACCAACCACAAGUAGUAUUUUUGAUUUUGGAAUACUUGAUUGAAUUUGAAGUGGUUAAUCCAAAAUAUCUCAUCAAUAAAGCCUUCAAGACCAAUCUCAUCAUUGGCAAUGUUUCAUGCAUUGAAUCAAUCAAUCGAGUAUUGGAAACGUCAAAUACCGAGGUUUUGAAGCGAUUAAUUUUUGAAGUUUUUGCAAUUGUCGUCAAGAAGCUCAAUGAGUUGGAUUUGGGUAUUGACGAUGUUGUUCAAAUUGAUGAAUUGAAUGAAGAUAAUGCCACCGAAGUUGACAAGCAAUGGCUCUUUUAUGAAUAUUUGGGCUUGUUAAAGUCGUAUUUUAGAAAGUAUAUCAAGAACCAAACUGAAUCAACUGAAGACUUUUUGCAAGAUAUAAAAAACAUUUUCAAUAACUUGGAAAACAUUCCAGCUAGAAUUGAAAUACUCGGUUGGUUUAAGGAGAUGUCAUAG